CGAAGGGUAGCGUUUGGCUAUUGUGUGAGGAAAGAGCAAUUUAAAAAUGGGUGAUGUUGAGAAGGGCAAGAAUAUUUUUGUCCAGAAAUGUGUCCAGUGCCAUACCGUGGAAAAGGGAGGCAAACACAAGACUGGACCAAAUCUCCAAUGUCUCUUGGGACGAAAGACAGGUCAGGCUGCUGGAUUCUCUUACAGGGAUGCCAACAAUAACAAAGGCAUCACUUGGGGAGAGUACUUGGAGAAUCCCAAGAAAUACAUCCCUGGAACAAAAAUGAUCUUCGCUGGCAUCAAGAAGAAGUCAGAAAGAGCAGAGUUGAUAGCUUAUCUCAAAAAAGCGACUAAUGAGUAAUAGGUGGCACUGCCUUAUUUAUUAUAGAAUAGAAAUGUCUCUGACUUUUUUUUAUGUGAACCAUAUUUAAAUUGAUCUCAUACACCAGAAUUCAAUUCAUGUAUAACAGAUAGAAUGCUUUUG